CGUUCGCAUACUGACUGUAGGUACUAUCUGUUGCGCGCCGAGCGCGGUGGAGGCGCCACGACCGAACGCCCGCCCGCCCUUCAUUAGUACGCAACCCGUAAACAAAUCACUACGCGGCCGGUGCGGAACAAACUCUUUACGAUCCCACGCACUAUACGAAUCUAGUUCAGUGACAGAAAGUUUUUUGUGACUCUUGUUGACGUUCUGUAGUGCACCGUUAAGAACCGGCUGGGGUAAACGGCCUGUCAGCCGCCCACGGAUUGUAGUAGAACUGUAGUAACCACGCCAGACUUGCCUACAGGCAAUGCACCGAGACAUCGCUUAUUUGGGUAGAUUGUAACGCAAGCAAUAAUUUAACAUAAAGAUGGUGGACCGAGCCUUUUAUUUCUUCCAAAAAUAUAAUGCGAGUAUAGCAGGCGUGGAGUCACGGUGAGGGGGCAUGGAGGGCGCGGACGGCGACGAGCUCUUUGACUGGGAGGUGUACCUGCCCGCUUUCAAUGCCAGCGGGAACGGCUCGUGGGAACACAACGCCUCCACGCCGCUCAACGCCACGCUACACGCGUCCGCGCCCUUCGACUCGCCCGCUGCGCUUGUCCGCGCCGCAAUCAAAGCUGUGGUCCUCGGCUUACUCAUACUCGCUACUGUAGUCGGAAAUGUAUUUGUGAUAGCAGCGAUACUCCUAGAGCGGCAUCUUCGCAGCGCAGCCAAUCAGCUGAUCUUGUCCCUGGCGGUGGCGGACCUCCUGGUGGCUUGCCUGGUGAUGCCUUUGGGGGCCGUGUACGAGGUGGCCCAGCGCUGGACGCUGGGGCCCGAGCUGUGCGACAUGUGGACGUCGGGCGACGUGCUGUGCUGCACGGCCUCAAUACUACACCUCGUCGCUAUUGCACUUGAUAGGUACCGUGCUGUGACUAAUAUAGACUAUAUACACGCGAGAACAGCCCGUCGCGUUGGUUUAAUGAUAGCUUGCGUGUGGAUAGUGAGCUUUUUGGUUUGUAUCGCGCCGUUACUGGGAUGGAAAGACCCCGACUGGAAUCGCCGAGUUUCCGAGGACUUACGGUGUGUCGUAAGCCAGGACGUCGGAUAUCAAAUAUUCGCUACGGCGUCCUCAUUCUAUGUGCCCGUGCUAGUGAUAUUAAUACUGUACUGGAGGAUAUACCAAACUGCCAGAAAAAGAAUACGUCGGCGAAGAGGGGCAACUGCACGGAGUGGCGUCGGACCGCCACCCGUGCCGUCGGGCGGAGCGCUGGUCGCAGCCGGCGGCAGCGGAGGCAUCGCGGCCGCUGUCGUCGCCGUUAUAGGUCGCCCACUGCCGACUAUUUCAGAGACGACAACGACAGGAUUCACCAACGUGUCGUCUAAUAACACGAGUCCAGAAAAGCAAUCGUGCGUCAACGGUUUGGAAGCGGACCCCCCGACUACCGGUUACGGAGCCGUGGCGGCCGCCUACUACCCUACUUUAGUGCGUCGCAAACCCAAAGAAGCUGCUGAUUCGAAAAGAGAGAGAAAAGCGGCAAAAACAUUGGCAAUAAUAACCGGCGCGUUUGUUGCGUGCUGGCUUCCAUUCUUCGUACUAGCCAUCCUGGUGCCGACGUGCGACUGCGAGGUGAGCCCGGUGCUGACGUCGUUGUCUCUGUGGCUGGGCUACUUCAACUCCGCCCUGAACCCCGUCAUCUACACGGUGUUCAGCCCGGAGUUCCGACAUGCGUUCCAGCGCCUGCUGUGCGGGCGGCGCUCGCGUCGCCGUCGCGCGCCUCCGUAGCCCACUUCCCCUCCUUAACCCUUGCCCGACUGACCUUCUCUAGCUCGAUACAUUAUGUUACCUUGUUACAUUUUUCAGAGAUAUAUUUACACCCCUUUAUUUUUUGUACGUAAUGAAUGUGAAUACGAAUACCU